AUUCUAUCAGCAAUGGAUUUUGCAUCCAAAUUUUGGUUUUUCAUAUAAAAGGGUUGUGUCUUCAUUAAAACAAUAUCAAAGCCAAGUUAACCUUUUUACAUCAAACAACACUCAACGAAGAAAAGAAAAACCCAAGAUGGUAUCGAACAGUAUGAUCAUUGUUAUCCUAGCAGCUAUUGCUUCAUCUAGCCAGGCCGGUAUUAUUGGUCAUCAGGCUUUUGUGGCACCUUACGCAUCCUCGUACAAUGCUCAUCACAUUAACCAUGCUGUAGCUCAUCCACUUCUUGCUCCAGCUCCAGUUGCUGUACCUUUGCCAGUUCAUGCUCCAGCACCAGUUGCCGUAGCAGCUCCAGCACCAGUUGCAGUAGCAGCUCCAGCACCUGUUGCGGUAGCAGCUCCAGCUCCAGUUGCAUUUUCAGCACAUGCUCAUGCCUUCCUGCCUGGUCCAGUUGCAGCACCACACUUGAUUCAUGCAUCAGCACCACAUUUUCUACAUGCACCAGCUCAAUUUGCUUAUCAAGCUGGAUUCCCCGCUAACUACAAUUUGUGGAAGUAAAGCGAGUACAAAAAUAUUCUUUAGUUUAUGAGAAAUCUAAUUUUAUAAUAUGGGACUAAUUUAAUGAAGCAAUAGGAUAUAAACAUUUUUUAUACUGAAAAUU